AUGAACCAAGGAAGUUCUGACUCGCCUUCUUUGGUGCCGCAGAUUCCAUCUGGAAACAGUGGUGAACGUGGAUCUUCAGGCGCUCCCAAAGUAUCCGCUUCGGAACUCACACAGCUGCAAACUCUUCUUGGUGGACUUAGAGCUCCUGGUACCGGAGGCACUGAUGCGCAGGGAGCAGAAAGGCCAGUCGCUGUCGAGUUGGGAGACAUAGUCGCAGGUGGUCAGGUUGUCGAAACGGCCAAGAAUAAUGCUGUUACAGAUCGUCUUCUCAACCAUAUGCCACCGGAGGACAAAUCUUCUUCGGACACCAAACAAGCAUUAGAAGAUACAGUUCGUUCUCCUCAUUAUAGACAGCUUUUUUUACAGGCUGCAAAUACAUUUGGUCAUGCAUUAUCAACGGGACAAAUGGCACCAGUUUUGGAACGUUUUGGAAUUAGUGAGGAUGCCGCUCAUGCUGCCGCAACAGGAAGUAGGCUCAUUUUUUUACUUCAGUUCUUCAUAGAAUUUGGGGCCAAGUUUGAUGGAGAUACGACCCUUAAAUCUUUCUAG